GCAUGGCCAUUGAUAGCCCUACAUCAACCAGCCCAAUCCUAUCCAUGAGGGAGAUCAUGCGAUUUCCAAUGGGCAAAAACAGUCGAAAAAUUACUUGGAAUAUAUGCAGACAGCAGAGAUUUUAUUUCUCUAGGGUUUUAUUUCGCCUUGGAAUGUCAAUCAGUAGAGUAUUCCCAAUCAAAGGAAGCAGCUGAUAGAAUAUCAAUGGCGAAAAUACAGAGACUGUCUUUUCUCCGUUAAGUUUUAGAUGAAUCGGGCUUGGAUCAAUCUUGAGAAGGCACCUGAUGGAACUUUCAAGAAUAAAUUUUUUGGGUGGAGAUGUUAUUUUAGUUUGCGGUCACGUUCGUUGGCACACGGGAAGCCUCCAGAGACUUUCUUGAAGUCUAUUCGUAAGGAGAUAACUAAGCUGGAAGUUAAUCCUCCGACAAGUUUGCUUCUCAAAACCAACUUCAAGUCAUUCAGCUCCAUAGAUAAAACUUACCGAGAUGGAAAUUCAAGCCCAAAUGCUAGUGGUAGUGAUUCCAUUUCAUUUGAAUCUCACAUGAAGAAAAUCCAGCUAUCAGACAUCUUCAAAACAAGCCAAAAACCUCCUUUGCUGGAUUCUGUUUUCCAAAUCUUGGAAACCCUGCACAGCAAGCAAUGGUCUGAAUCAAUAAUGACUGAGUUACUGGGAUUGAAUGUCGAUUUGAACACAUACGUUGUCAAUCAGGUCUUGAUGCGCCUGUCAGACUCCGAACUGUGUCUCCAUUUUUAUUUGUGGGCUGAAUCCCAACCAGGUUUCAAGCAUGAUUACUUCACGAAUAAGUCCAUGAUUUGUUUGCUGUUAAAAGAUCGUAAAUUCGACAUGUUAUCACAUAUUUUGCAGAGAAUAAAGGAUGGUGGGUUUUCAAUGCAUCGGUCCAUUUAUCGGAUUCUUAUAUCUGGGUAUGUUAGAGCUGGUUUGAUUGAUUCAGCAAUCCAAACAUUUGAUGAAAUGAUCAAGUCAGAUUGCCGGGUGUUUAGCAUAGAUUAUAAUCGAUUCAUGGGAGUAUUGAUUCGAGAGUGCCGCUUUGAUUUGGCCAAACGCUACUACUACAUGAUGAUGCAGCAAGGAUUUUCAUUGUAUCCCUUCACGUAUUCGAGGUUCAUUUCUGCUCUCUGUAAGAUAAAGAAUCUGGAAUUUGCACAGAAGCUUCUGGAAGACAUGGAUAGAUUUGGUGCCGUUCCAGACAUUUGGGCUUUCAACAUAUAUUUAAAUGUCUUGUGCAAGGAGAAGAUGUUAGACACGGCUUUAGAGGUAUUGGAGUCCAUGGCAUGGAAAGGAAGAGAUCCAGAUGUUGUUAGCUACACUACAGUCAUUGACGGUCUAUGCAAGACUGAAAGGUUUCAGUCUGCAGUUGGGAUGUGGCAUGAAAUGAUGAAGAAGGGUUUUUGUCCUGAUAAUGUAGCUUGCGGGACAUUGAUUUUGAGUUUGUGUAAACACGGAAAGGUUGAUUCAGCUUACGAGCUUAUGAUGGAAAUGAUAAAGGGUCAAAUUGAAUUGGGGCCUUCUAUUUACAACGCCCUUAUUGGUGGAUUUUGUAGAGUGGGUAGGAUUGAUAAAGCUCAAGCGAUUGCAUCGUUCAUGCGAAGUAAUGGGUGCAAGCCGGAUUUAGUUACUUACAACACACUGCUAAAUUAUUGUUGUGACAGGCUUUUGUUGGAUGAGGCAGAGAAAUUAAUGGACAAGAUGAAAAAAAGUGGUAUAAGACCCGAUAAGUACAGUUAUAAUCAGCUUUUAAAGGGGUUAUGCUUAGCUAACCAGCUCGACAGAGCAUACUCUUUAAUGGUUAAUAAGAUGGAGGCAGAAGAGUUUUGUGAUGUUGUCUCGUGCAAUACUCUCAUUGGGGCGCUUUGUAGGGCCAGGAACAUGGGAACGGCUUACAAGUUGUUUGAGGAGAUGGGUCAGAAGGGGAUUGCCCCAGAUGUUGUGACAUUUGGCACUUUGAUAAAUGGGUUCUUUAGAGAAGGCCAUGCUGAUUUGGCAGAGGAACUUUUUGACCAGAUGGUGGGGGCUGGCUUGGUUCCUGAUGCCAUUCUGUAUACCACUAUGGUUGAUCACCUAUGUAAGACUGGUCGGAUUGAACUAGCUCGGAGCUUUUUCCUUGACAUGAUUGAGAAGGGAAUCUCACCUGACACAGUUUCCUACAAUGCUCUUAUUAAUGAGCUUUGCAAGGCUUCUUGGGUAAGCGAAGCCAUGGAUGUGUAUAAGGAUAUGCAUAGUAGUGGUUUCAGACCAGAUGAAAUGACGUAUAAAUUGAUAAUUAGAGGACUUAUACGGGUAGGGAAGCUUGGGAUGGCUUGUAGAGUUUGGGAUGAAAUGAUGGAAAAUGGGUUUACUCUCAACAGAACGGUGUCUGAAACAUUGAUCAGUGCUAUUCACUCGAAGGGUGCAUUCCACAUGGAUUUUAGGAAAGUCUCUGGGAGACCAGGAUUUCAAUCCAACAUGGCCAAGCCAGCUGGAGACAAAUCAAGUACAUGAAGAUGCACCAUCGCUGCUUGUAGAUUGCAACUUUUCCUGGAAAGACAAUAUAGGAGAAUGCCUUGAGAUUGGAGAGGCAAAUGUAGUGUAUAUUAUGAUGACAAAGAAGCAACAUACAAGGCAACGAGAAGAAUGUUGAUGGAAAAGAGACCAAAUUUGUUAUGGUCACCAUGGGUCGUGCACUGUAUCGACCUCUUCUUAGAAGAUAUUGAAAAGAAAAAGAAUGUCGCAACCUUGGUUUAAAGGGGGAGCAACAACGUUCAUCUACAAUCUAGUAGCCAUAAUGAGGAAGUACAAGAAGGGGAGGGAGCUUCUUAGGCCUGCGCCAACAAGAUUUGCGACAAACUUUAUAGCCCUUCAUAGUUUAUAUGAGCAUCGGGGAGAGUUGAGUGAGAUGUUCGCUUCACAGGAUUGGCUCAAUACAAAAUACGGGAAGAAGACAUCGGGGGCACCAGUCAAUGUUGAAGCAACUGUAACAGACAACAAAGUGUUGCAAACAUCCUUAAGGUGAUGGAACCAUUGAUGAUAGUCCUUCGUCUUGUCAAAUCCAACAAGGUAUCUGCAUGGGCUUCAUCUGCAAGGCCAUGGAUUAGGCGAAGCUUGCUAUUAAGCGGGAUUGUAAACACCAUCUGGUUUACUAGAAGAUGGUCGACAAGCAUUGGACGAAGUAGCUUCACCAUCAUCUUCAUGCAUCAGAAUGGUGACCGAGACUUUGGUCGGGGCUAUUCAGUUGAAGGUCGCACCUUGGUUUGACUUUAGGAAAGGAUGAGUGGACGGCUCUGAUUUUUGGAACAGGAAAUCUGCAUGGUAGGGCCUGCUUGAUGAGUAGCUUGGAUCCCUUGGAAAUUGCACCCAUCUUUGGAAAGCAGAUUUCAAUCUGGAGGCAAACGAGGUUCUUGAAGAUCCACGGUCUUUGCUGCUAGCUUGCAAUUCUUCCUGGAAAGACAAUGAUCAAUGGAGAAUGCCUUGAGCCUCUAAAAGGCAGAGAUUUCAAUCCAACAUGGCCAAGCCAGCUGGAGACACAAGAAGUUCACGAAGAUGCAGCAUCACUGCUGGAGCUGGAGCUCUGCAGCUCUUAGUUGAAAGACAAUGAAUAUAGGAGAAGGCCUCUAGGAAUGGGUAUGAUCCUUUUUUCAGGAAUGCUGCUCUUGAUAUUAUUCUCAUCCCCUUCAUGUAACUUAGCCUACAGACAUGUAUCAAUUAUCAGACAGAACAAUCCAUAUUUGUACAGUUAUAUGAUGAUAUGGAAGUAUAUAUUAUCACAUGAA